UCAUUUCAUCAACUGUGCUGGGUCGGUGAGUUCGUAGGCGGUUGCAGAGAGAAUGUGAAGCACUCCGCACCCUCAUCGCCCUCCCGAAACAGUCUCCUUCAAUCUUCAGUCAUACGAGUCGACAGCCACACAGCUCGCGCCACAAGCGCAACAGAUGGCGGUUGGCGGCUUCGCUUCGAAAAGACACGGACGGGUGGAGCAUUUAAUUUAGCGGCGUUCAGAAAUGGUGUUUCGCCAUUCCCUUUAUUCUUGCCGGCCAGACGCCGGUAGACCCGCGGAAGAAAGUAGCCAUGGCCAUUUGUGUGAGCGAUGAUAAUCAUAAUUACCUUGGCUACGGUAGGGAAGGUAAGGACCAAGGUUGGUAUAAUCAUACGUCGUCGUUGCACAAGUACCUAGGUACCUUUUUGAUGAAAUUCACACAUGACAGGUUCCACACUUUCCUGCGCAAGGAGGAAAAGUUGGCAGGUCCCGACUCCCCAAGCGCACAUACACUUACCUACACGUACACAUGCAGCUUAUGACGCGCGACCGCCAUCGUGUCAAUAAACAACGGAACUGCCACUUUCCACUUUUCUUCUCUCUCCUUGCUUCGUUACCGUUACCUACCUUACUUACUUGACCUGACCUGAACAACAACAUCAACAACAACUACUACUACUACUGGUAUCCCACGCGCAGACCUUUCUUCUCCAUCAGACCAACCACCACUCUCAAACAAACCACCUCAAUUCACCGCAACCAUGGGCGCCGUCGCAUCCUGCUUCAACUCCUUGGUCUCGGCCAUAACUAGCUGCUUCAUGGCCGUCGUCAACGCCAUCGUCGCCGUCAUCAAAGCCAUCGUCAAUGGAGUCGUCUCACUCUUCUGGGCCAUUGCUUCGUGCCUGACUUGCGGAAAAGCUGGAGGUCGAAGGAGAGCGACGACGAGUCAUGUUUGAUGUUUGAGGCCUUUUUGGGAGGUGGAAAUGAUUCCGUUUCAUCUGUCGACAUGAGAUGAUGGCGGUGAAUCGCUGGACGAAAAGAGAUCCUACUAUGUUGGUGGCUCGCAUGUGAUGGGGUGAACGGAUGGAUGGAGUGGUAAUGCGGGACGGGAGGUAUGGGGUGGGUCAUCAUCACAGCAGGACCUUUUGUUUCUUUCUACAUGUUUUGUUUUUUUGGUGCGUUUACUGAGACGAGACGAGAGAGUGAUGAUGAGUAGUAGCAGUGAUACCCAAUGCAAGUUGCGUACUGUUUUGUAAAAAGAUG